CGGUUUAUCACAACGUUUAUUUGUGUUUUUUUUUCAUGAUAAUAGCUGAACGUAAUCAGUAGUAACUCGCACGCUGACGCGAAUUCACGUCAAGCGAGCCAUUCACGGAUAGUGUCAGUGUCGUGAUGUAAAGUCGAUUUUAAAUACGAGCGAGAAAGGACGUUGUUAUCGUACCCAGCGUUGGUGGACUUGAGUGAUGUGUACAGAUAGUGUGAAAUAAAGUGAGCAUGUGUGUGAGGUGACGGAGGGACCGGCCAUCUGGCUGUGGUGCUUCGGACGAAAACAUUCCUCUAUUAAAGAUUCUUACCCAGGGCCCGACGGAUAAUCACAAGGAUAUAUGCAAAAUGACCAAGGGCCCUCGGAAAGUGAAACUAGUCAUUGUAGUCAACAACAAGAAAGACCCGCCUACAUUCAAGACGUUGACGCCGACGUCUCGCACACAGCUGAAGCAACAGUUGAUGCGAGAGCAUGCGCAGGAGCAGCUGCGUAGAGAAUCACAGGCACAGCAAGCCGGCCAGUUCAAAGAUGAGGAGAAGAAGAAGUCAGCACCGGCGGAGGUGCCGCGGAUCACGCCUCACGUGGAUCUGCCGCCACAGGUGCUUCAGGUCAGAACAGUUCUGGAGAACCCCACCAGGUAUCACGUGAUACAGAAACAGAAGAGUCAGGUCCGGCAGUACCUCAGUGAGUCCUUCCAGCCACAGACACAGGUGUCGUCGACGACGCGCGGCGCCCCGACCCAGUCGGCGCCGGAGCUGGGCGCGAAGCCGCCCGCCUCACCCGACCGCGCCUCGUCCUCCAGCCUGCUCAGUCCGGGCAUAUGCUCCGUGGGCACCACUAACUCUGAAGCGGAUGAGUUCCUAGAAGACAUCCUGUCCCUGGACAGUGGGGCGGGUCCCCUGUCGUCGUCGGGCCCGCCGUCCGCCGCCAGCUCGGUGGCAGGGGACUGCGCGCUCCUCUCAGACGCGGACAUGCACGCCCUCGCCAAAGACAGACAGAAGAAAGACAACCAUAAUAUGAUCGAACGCCGUCGAAGAUUUAAUAUAAACGACCGCAUCAAAGAGCUCGGGACCCUCCUUCCGAAGACCAACGACCCGUUCUACGAGGUCAUCCGAGACGUCAGGCCCAACAAGGGCACCAUCCUGAAGAGCAGUGUGGACUACAUCAAGUGCCUGCGCGAUGAGGUCAACAGGCUCAAACAGAGCGAGCAGAGACGGAAGCAAAUCGAACUGCAUAACAGAAAACUAAUGCUUAGGAUACAGGAAUUAGAGCGGCUAGCGCGGGUGCACGGGCUGCCGGUGUCGUCCAGUGAGAGCGGCUGGUCCUCCCCCCACACGGACGAUUCAGGAGUGGAGUCCGCGGGACCGGACCCACCCCCCGAACCGCCAAGGACGCAACCGGAGGUAGUGUUGCCGAAAUCGGAGCCGGCGCCGAUGAUGGAACUGGGCGAACCGCCGCCCGACUUGUUGCGCGACAUGCCGCCCGACAUGCCCACAGACAUACCUUCCGCAGAGUGCCUCUCCGCAUUAGACGCUCUCGGUGCCAUUCGCGUUGCAGACGGGCUGAAGCUGGGCUCGUGCUCGCCGCUGAGUCGCGACGAGGGACUCUCACUCGGCUGCCUCGAGCCCGACCUGUGUCUGGACCCCGUGCCCGACAACCUCUUCAGUCAUAAGGAUAUCAAGUUGUUCCAGAUGCGGCUGUCGCCGACGCCGGGGCUGCUGGGCGAGGAGGGCAGCGCCGUGCUCAACCUCGCGCAGAUAGAGGACCUCAUGGACGACGACUCCCACAACCCAGUCACAUCAGGCGACCCGAUGCUGUGUUCCUCGCCCACGUCGCAGCUGUGCCUGAGCGACGUGGUGGCGGACGCGGCCGACCGCAACAUCUCCGCGAUGCUGCAUGAUGAUGGCAACUCCUUCCCACAUGCUACCGGGUCGUCGCUCAUGUCGGACUCGGCCAUGGGCCUGGGCGGGCUGUCGGCGCUGACGGAGGGCUGCCUGCCGAGCCUGCUGCUGGGCGGCCCGCACCACCACGCGCCGCACUCGCCGCACUCGCACCCGCGCCAGCACUGCUUCGACAUGGACCUCGGCGCCUAGCGCCAUCUGUUAACCAAACGCCGAACUAGAGCGAUGAAUCUACGCGGCAGGUGCGACUAGCGACAUCUAGCGACGGACAGUGUACGCGGCACGUGGUUGAAAUUAUUAUUGUUGAAUUUAUAAUUAUUAUCGAGUGAAUUUUUGUUGUUGCAGAUUUUUUAUUAUAAAAAUAUUUCGCAGCUAUGUCUAAUAUGUAUGAAAAGACGUAAUUAUUUAUUUCUCCGCCCACCAGAACAGAUAUUUACGUAAAUAAAUUCGUGUAAUAUUAAUAAAAAAAAUCAAAGACAUUCUCAGUAACGAAUUCAGUGGGGGGCUGUGGGGUGUUUACCUCUCACUCCUAUAUUGUAGUUUGGGUCUAAUGCUCUUAGAAAUUUUAUCGACCAAGUUUCCAAGAUUUUAAAGCUUUCCUUCAGUUAUAAGAUUUUUUAAUUGUUAUAAGAAUUAUUUACUAAAUAGUCUCGAAUGCUUAAACGCACUUGAAAAUAACGAAACUAAACUACUUUAGUUUUAAAAAAAAUGCUGUUAAAUUACUAUUCACUUUACUUCACUACUAUAUUUCGAAUCUCUUAAUCUGUAGAUUAUUUAUUUCAGUUAAAAGCUAUUCAUUGUUAUUCAUAGCAUAUUUCAUAUCUCAUGAAGGUAAUAAAGUAAAAAGUAAAUUUUAAAAAAGGACAUAUAGAACCCAAACUACAUUAUCAAAAGUCUUCCAUAAAAUGUUUAAAAAGCAAUAUUAAUAUAAUUAUAUAAAUAAAUACUCGACGAAAAAAAUAUAAUAUUAUUAUACAAAUAUUUUUAUCUUUUUUGGGUUUCAAAUUGAUAUUUACGACUGUUAUGUUUGAUGAAAUCAUUAUAUAAUGAUUGUAGUACGCCCCUUGACGUUUAAGAAAAAAGGUAUACAUACAGUAAUUGACAAUCAUUGACUACCGGAGCUCUGAUAACGUGCUAUCACGUUCAUUUUAAAUAUUUUUUGUUAUUUAUAACUUCCGUCUUGCUAUGGGCCGGACUCUGGACAGUUGUGUGUGGUCAAAUUACAUAAUCAUUAAAGCCAUACAAAUGAUAAAAUUGAACCAAAGAAUUUAUUUCACAUGCAGUUUACAAUUCGACAAAAUUCUGUACAUAGUAUGAAGCCCAGCGUGGAAACGUUGCGACAUAUAUCUUUCCACUAUAUCCUUAGUUGGAACGUGAUGUUAAAGUUACCGAUUUUAUUAUUGUUAUCUAGUUAGUUUUAAAGAAAAAAACAGAAUGUAUGUGCCAAUUUAACGAAUUUGGCUUUUGGCAUUAAUUUAAUUUUAUAUUUUUAUGUUUUAGUAACUAUACUUAUAUAGUGCUUCAGUUAAAAAUAAAUUCAAUGAAUAACACUGUUAAUGAUUGAUUAUAAUAAACCACAAUUAAAGAUUCGCCAAAAAAUAAUGAAAUCUUUUACGAGUUGCUUAACUCUAAAAUAAAAGGAAGUGGAAAAUACACUUACCAAUGGCAAUUCCAAUGCUGAUUCUCUUGAAUCAGUGUUGCCAGAUCCCGGGCUAUAACUUGUGAUAUUAAGCACAAUAUGUUGACAUCACUGACUAAAAAGUAUUAGGUGCAUGGUGCUCUUAUUUUGAGACGUUUUAGAUGAUAUUAAAUUGUUGAUUAGUAGCUAAAUAUUUAUAUUUGGAUACACUAUACCAUACGAUUUUAAAAGACAGGCGCGAAUUUGGAUCCUGUAUAGGGGUCGUGACCCCCUCGUCUCAUAACAUUUUUAAGUACCUCAUGCAUCAACACGGCUACUUUUUUAUUACAGCUAUUAUUUUUAAGUGUAUAUUAUAAUAUUAAGGAGUUGAUGCUCAAUUUAAGGAUGCUUAAUUCGCGCCUGUGUACAGCAAAUAGCAAGUCUAUUCAAAUGAUUUGAGCUUUUGUAAAUAUUAUUGUAUAGGUUUUAACUCUUCCAUAAACUCUUGGGCAUCAUAUUUAAAUUGUGACUUAUGCAAUUACUUAAAGAGCUCUUUUUUCCACUUGUCAAACAUUUCUAUAAUUAAAAGUUGAAUCAAUAUCGUGUCAUAUGUCAGAAGCUAAGUCAAAAUCAUAGAGCCCAAGAUUUUAUAAGGAAAAAGUUAAAACUCAAUGUAGGACCACGCAAGAAUUACAGAGAUAAUAAUGUGAUACAAAAAGUUAUAUAUUUUUAGACGAUAUUUAUUAUGAUAGUUAUAGAUAUAAUUAUUUUUUGUAUAUACAUAUUAUAAGUUUAAAUCACGAAGUGCCUUCGCUUUGUAGUAAAAUAUAGUUGAAUUCUCGCUUAUACAUUUCGUGUAAAUAUUUCUUUUUGGUUUUUUUCUUAAAAACCUAACACUGGUUAUGACCGUCACGUGCAUUGUUAAGUUUUCGGGAUGAAUUUAUAUUAUCGAUGAAUUAACAUUACUUUUUUAUGUAAAAACAUCUGUGCUAUGUAAUUAAAAAGGUAGCAAACCCUUAAAUCAAGUAAAAAAUAGGACUUAAUAAUUGGCAAUAAAGUUAAUAACAUAAUGUCAUAAAAUAUUUUUACAAUAAAUAUUAAAUACUUGUAGUGUUUGCUACCUCUUCUCAAUGUUAUAUUCUAAAAAAUAUAUUUCUUACCUCUGACUAUAAAAUUGAUCCAAAUAUAUGUAAGACAGGGGCGUCGUUAUCAUGGCAUUAUGGGGCUACUUGACCCCCCACAGUAUGACUUAAUAUUAUUAUUAUAUUACACCCGCGCUUUAACGACGCCGCUGUUCCCCGGACUUGAACCUUUUCAAACUAACGGAAACGUUACAAACACCAGCGAACAAACAUACGUAUUGAAUAUUAUGUAUACUUUAGAUUGUAAGAAACAGUGAGCCUUGCAAUAAAUUUUAUUUUAAAUAUUGUUUAAUAUUAAAGAAACGAAUCGUUUUGUUAUUAUUAUAUUUAAGUGGGUGUGUGUGAUUUUCGCUCCAUUUUAACAUCACAGUAUUGUUUUGUAACAUAUUUUGAUUCCCAAAAUCACUGUCUAUAAACAAGUAUAGCACGUUGUAUUGGCAUUAUCUUUUCAAAGGACAUGUUAAUUAUAAACUAAGUAUUCAAUAUACCGACGUAAAUUAAUUUUUAUAUUCGAAGGCAUCAAGGAGCGAAAACAAGCGCAUUGAGUGCGAUGAAUGUAAGAAAUUUUUAUUUAAUAAUGUAUGAGAUUAAAAUAAAAAAUGUUGAAGUACAAAACGUGAAUAACAAGUGAAUUUACGAGAAUAAA